GAGUCACGUGACUUGCUCGCGCAUCAGCCAAGAGAACAUGGCGGAAAUAAGUGCAGUCGGAAGAAUGUGAAAACUUUAUUUCAUAAUUAUAUUUUAGGUCUAUCCAUACGUUGCAUGGUAAACGAUUUUAAAUGACAUGUGUAUCAAAUGAAGAAUAUGAAGAUCACACAAAUUGUUUGGAUUUGUUAAUCCCAGAGAUGCCUGGUACACAGAAAGUAACAAAAAGUUCAUCUUUAGGCUCUAUGAAGGGUGGUCCUACAACUCCUCUCAUAAUGGAUCAAGAUGACAUUAUUGCCUUAACACAAAAUGUCAAAAACUUCUCAGAUGCAUUGGCAAAACUAAAAGCAACUUUUACUGAGAAAAUAGAAAAUGGUGAUGAAGCUAAAGUUGCAGCGCAUGAAAGACUUGGUGAUGUACUAUGUAUCUUAAAGAAUGUUUUACAAGGUUACCCAGCUCUCCAUUCAACAGAUCUCUUCUCUUCUGCCGCUGCACUCAUAACCAAAAUCAAAGGAUAUGAUUAUGAAAGACAAUUUACAAGUGAUGAUGUUCACACUUUCUGUGAUGCUAUUGAUCAACUGGCCCUGGCCUUCAGUAGCAGUGUAUCUCAGUAUUUAAUGGGAGAUGUUAUGCCUGAAAUGUUUAGUGAUGGUAAGACUAAGUCCUAUGAUAAUCUGACCAAGAUAGGUAAAGAACUCUCUAUAGAAUCUACCAACCGUAAUACUGUUAAUGGCCGAUCAGGAAGACAGUUAAGUGCUGAAGAUAUAGAUUUAACAUUGGUUCAUUUAGAGACUGGACUAGAUUUAGCUCUACAAAGAGCCAAAGCCUGGUCCAAAUAUGCUCGGGAUAUUAUGACAUAUAUAGAAAAAAAGGCUCAGCUUGAGAGUGAAUAUUCAAGAAGUUUAUCUAAGUUAGUUCAGUCAACUCGUCAAAGUUUAACUGAUGAGGGAUUUCUACCACUUCAGUCAGUGUAUUGUACAGUACUAACACAGGAUAUGGAAUAUGCCAGUAAUUGUCAAGCUACACAAACUUUAUUACAAACUAGUAAAUUUGUUGAGCCUCUAGCAUCUAGAAGAGCAGAACACGACAAAGUAAGAAAGAGUGUUAAAGAAUCGUGGAUGAGAGAAAUAAAGAAAAUGCAUGAUACUGUUACCAACUUAAGAAAAGCUCAAGCUUUAUAUGUAAACAGACAACAGGAAUAUGAAAGAGCUAAAGAAGCUUUUGCAAAAGCUGAUUCAGAUAAACAAGAGAAACGUAAAAAAACAGAAGAUGAUGCUUUACACAAGGCAGCAGAAGCUGAAACAACUUACAAAGCUUGUGUAGCAGAAACUAACUACAGACAUAAAGAACUAGAGAAAACUAAGGCUGAACUAUUGGCAAAAGUUAGAGAACAGAUAGAAUUAUGUGAUCAAGUUAUGAAAACGGUGACAGUAGAAUAUUUCCAGUUAUUACAUGCUGUAUCAGCUCCAUUACCAGUACAGUACCAUACACUUUGUGAAACCAGUAAAACAUAUGAAGUUGGUAGUCAGUUUGCUGAAUAUGUUCGUCGUUUACCAGUUAAUAACAACAAAAAUGAAUUGUUUGUGUUUCAACCUUUUAAACCAGACUCUAAAGAUAAUGAAACUAGAAAAACUAGUACACAGUCAAAUGGUUCAGGUACAUCAGAUCAUGUAGCUUCUAAUGAGGCUUCUCCAACAGCAUCUCCUAAAAAAGAUAAAUAUCGUAUACCAGUAAAAGCUUGGGGACAGAAUUUAUUUUUAAGCGAUACUGAUAGUGCUAGUGGUGGUAGUAAUAAGUCGCAUGAUUCGUCACCAUGUAAUAGUCCCAGAUCAGUACUACGACGUCAGUUAGCUUCUAGUCAAUCAUUAGAAGAUCUCACAGAAGAAGAUGGUUUCACAGGUAAUGAAUGUGAUAGACAGCUAAAGAGAACAAUGACAGUAGGUGAUGAAGUUUUAGAUGUACCUGGUAUAUUGAAGCACCAGAAAGGUCGUAGAAAUACUACAUUUGGUGUUGAUUUUCAAGAACAAGUCAACAUACUGAAUGUUGAAAUCCCACCCAUUGUUACUAGAUGUCUAGCUGAAGUAGAAAAAAGAGGAAUGGAAGUAAAGGGUUUAUACAGAGUAUCAGGAGUAAAAAGUAAAGUUGAAAAUUUAUGUCAAAGAUUUGAACUUGAUGCUUCUACUGUGGAUUUAGAUGAUAUUCAUCCAAAUGUUCUAUCUAGUGUAUUGAAACAAUAUUUACGACAUUUACCUGAGCCAUUGAUGACUUUCAGAUUAUAUCCAGAUUUUGUUCACACUGCUAAGGGUUGCUUCACACAGUGAUCAAAAUCAAAUGAGUGCUGCCAAUUUGGGUAUAGUAUUUGGUCCAACAUUGUUGAAACCAUAUGAAGGUGUGGCAUCUCUAGCAUCACUGGUUGAUACACCACAUCAAACACUGGCUAUAGAGAUGUUAAUAUCAUCAGCACAGACGAUAUUUGGACCGGCUGAUAAUUAUCAAAUAAUUCAUGCUGAAACACCAGUAGAACAGAUACCAGAUACAUCUAGUGAUAAACAUGGUGGUGCUAGUACUCAACAAGGUGAAGAAAGUAAGAGAGAUAAUAUUGAUGUUAUAACAACACAGGGUAAAUCAAGGUACAUAUAUACCUACCAACGUGAUAAUAUGAGUGGUGAAGCUAGUAGUAAUACAACCAGUCAAAUGGAAGAUAAAAAAUGUGAAGGAGUGUUUAGUUUGCCAGGAAGUACUAGUGAUGAGAUUGUUUAUUCACCUAGCCUGUCUUCUACUACAUUUCUUAUAGAGGUGAGUGCAUUGAAGAGUCAGCAGACAUCUUGUAUAAAACCAAACUAUAGUGAAUACAGUGGUACAACUACUACACCACCUACUAUAACAUUGACUACUAGUGGUCAGCCUGAUACUACUAUACUACAUAAAACUCUCCCACCUACUAGUGGUCAACCAGAUACUACUAUACUACAUAAAAUAUCAACUAGAACCUCAAACACAUCACUUACUACCCCACGGUCAGAAACUCCCAAAACAAAUACAACAGUUUAUCCUAGUACUAAAUGUUCUAGAUCAGAUGUUACUAGAAACCGACCAGCAACUACAUCAAGUAGAAAGACACCUCCAAUAGGUACAUCUAGUCUAACUGGUACCUCUUCACCAACACCUAACCGAAAAUCAAUUGGUUCUGAAUCAAAACCCACAAAAGCUCUAGCUACAUUGAGUAAGGGUACUCCUAUAAGAACUGUACCAUUAGAUACAGGUUCACCUAAACCAGGUUUAAGUCUAAUGCCAUCAACAUCAGCUAGAAUACGACGACAUUCUGGAGAAGGUUGUUCACCUAGUUCAUCAGUAACUAAACCUAGUAGUAAAACUGAGAAAAGAAGUUCUUCUAUGUCAGUAACACCCAGAAAAUCUAAUGAUAAAAGUGACGUAAAUUCUGAUAGAACACCACGAUUUGUUUAAUUAAGUUGUAGUUUAUAUAUAUUUAUUAUAGGCAGCAUGAUAGAAAUAGUUAAAUGCUAUAUACUUAUAUAACAAUUUUUCAUAUAUUACCUGUAAUAUUAAUAUGUAUUUUAUUUUACUAAAUGUGCAAAGUUAUAUAUAUAUAAUUAUAUGAAGAGCCCCGGGGAAGAACGAUCUAAGUCACUUUUUCAACAAACCCCAGUUAAUGGUGCCAUCUGGUAGCAAAUUGUAUAAGCUUUCUGUGGAACAAUCAAUUUCAGGUAAAAACGAUCGGAGUUGCUUCGAACCAAGGCCCUUCUGAAAUGGCCUCCCGGACAAAUACGUUUAUUGUACCCUAUAUUUGACCUUAAUUUGGCUGAAAAGUGGAAAUGGAAGUCACUUGUUGUACUGGUAAUUAUGAUUCGUUUUGAAGUUGUAAUUAAACCCACUCGUUGUUCUGUUCGCACCAAGCAUUCUCGUCCCAAAUUCUGUUUUGCCUUUUAUGCGAAAAGACAAAAAUGUGACUUAGAUCGUUCUUCUCCUGGACUCUUCAUAUAUAUACACACAAGUUAUUAAAUAGAAUUUAAAAUUGAUGUUUUAGGUUGUGUUAAAAAGAGUUUUUAAUUUUUAGAUCACACACAAUGAUUAAUGUUGUGAAUUGUUUACUUGUUAAAAUAGAGAAAUCAUUACCAUUGUUACAUCUUAGGUAAUCAAGAUGCUGAAUAGUUCAAUAGGAUCAGGUGUUGUCUGACACAGGAAGGCAAGCUAGGGUACAGAGAUACACUGGUAGUGCUAUUUGGUGUUAUUUAUAAAUAAACUAUAAACAUACUUAUGGAAAACAGCUACUGAUUUAUUUAGGCGACGCUUCGAAGAGUAUUCUCUCAACAUUUUCAAGCUAAUACAAUAUAACAAAAUUUGAAGCACCAUAUAUAGACUUGACAAUCAAGACUGUCUCGAUUCCAUUUCAUCGUUAAAUUUUAAAAUCUUGCAAGUGUUCUAAUCCAUCUGAUGGUCUAGAGAAUUGAUUAAGCUUGUCAUGUUAAUAAAUGUCUAAAUAAUAAUUUAAUAAUAUGUAACAUUUAUAGCCAAAAGAAAGACUUGCAAGAGGCAGAUUUAGCACUUACAUUAUGCAUCUUGAAUUAGUCUUAACCAGGUUUGGGUGGUGGGGGGGCAUUCACAUUAGGUCAUAAGGUCAGUCAUUGAGUCUAGUGGCAUGGUUUCGAUCCCACACAUGUACUCGACAAGGAGUAGGGUAGGUUUUCUUUGGUUUCCUCACAGGCUCAUGUACUGCCAUACAUAUCACCGUAAAACCUAUUAACUAUGUUAUCCUACCUCUAAAUCAUGACUAUUAACCAAAACCUGGCAGACAAUAUUAAUUCAAACCCUCUUCGUCCAUUCUUGACCAAAAAUGGACAUACAAAAAAGGGAGAAAAGAGAGAGAGAAUUGCUAUAAAUAGACGGUUAGAUCUACUGGAUAAGGCCAAUUUCAAGUUUGUUCAAAGGUCAAGAGAUGUAAGCAGGGCUAGCGGUAAUCCCAACCUUAACCCAGACCAAAAACAUCAACUUUUAAACACUGGACUGAAAGUAAGCUGAAAGAAAGAUAUCCACGGACAAUAUGAUAAUUAUAUUCUUGACGGCCCUUACAUGGGAUACACAUUUCACGUCAUUUACCAGAGUUAUCUACAAUGCAUCGCUACGACGUUUAUGCAUAUUUUUUCACUCGUAAACAACUUUGUCGGCACGAAAAAGGUCAAAGGUGAAAUUGAAAAUUUUAAAUGUUUCAAAUAACAAAAAUUCGACCAUGCACCCAUAUAUUAAUUUCAGAAAUAGGAGACGAAUUCAACAAACUACAGUCAAUUGUGUUUAUUUACAAGCCCGUUAAUGUAGACUUUUCACCGUUUUCCAUAUUCAACUCAAAAUUGUGAGUAUCAGUUGACCUAAAUCAAAAUUCUACUUGGACGAUUUUUUAGGCAUUCCUGCAAGGAUUCAGAAAAUAUAACUACCAUAGCUGUAAGUAAAAUAUCACAAAAGCCUUAGGGAUUUUUCACGUUUCAAGAUGGUGGCACUUCUGGUUUGAUCGACAAACUCCAUAUUUUGUGAACUCAUCCGUAAUUUCUUAACUAGUGCAGAAAAAAAAUUUCAAGGCAAUCUGACCUAUAUUUCGUCGAUUUCUUUUUGAAAACUUUGAUCCUUAAAUUCUCCAAGGGGAGAUAAGUUAGAAAAUUUCUAAAGUCAUUUUUCAAGUCGCAUCAGCAAGAUCUACUUACAUACUAAAUUUCAUGAAAAUCGAGAAACUAUUAAAGAAGUUGUCAAGUUGGUCUCAACUUCCGGUUCAAAAUCACAGUGACGAAUUUUCGAAAUUCGAAAAUCUGAAAUUGCAGAUGAAAAUGAUUUUUUUCAAGGUACUAAAAGAAAAUAGAAUUAGUAAAAUCGGUCAAAAAACCACAUACUUUUUUUUUUAUUCGUAAAAUUUGGUGAUUUCAAAUUCGUAAAAUGUUUUGAAAAUAUAUUCAAUCAACAGCCACCAGCCAUUUUUGGGGGAACAGGUCAAAGUUUCAGAAAGAUCCUAUCUUUAGAUUCGGAGAAAUCCGAUUUGUGGACAAAACACAAAAAAAAAAAAUAAUAAUCUUAAAAGAAACAAUAAGCUUUCAUAUGUAAUACAUAUGAAAGCUUAAUUAUAUAGUAAUUGGUGUAAUCUGUGGCCACCAGUACAGAAACUGAACUUAAUACUUGAAGGGGUGUAUAUGGAUUAUACUAGUAUUUAUUAUAAUAUUGUGUAUAUUAAACCAUGUGUGAUUCAUAUUUAACAUUUGUAUAGUUAAGAUGAUGUUUAUCUAGUUCUCCAUUAUAGGAUUGUAAAUAUAAAUUAGACUAAAGUUACUUUUACUUAAUAAUGCAAUAAAUAAUACACUUUCUUGUGGUGAAGAUUAUGUUGCAGACAAAUUUACAACUCACAUUUUUGUUUUGGAAAUAGUAAUCAACUUUUGUUUAUUAAAACAAGAAGACUCAAUUUAUCUGUAGAGAACACAAAGUAAAUGAAAGAAAAUUGUUUUGAUCCCUCUAGCUCUAUAAUCUUUCUGAUAUAACCCAUCAGUAUGAUCAAUAUUUACCCUCUUCUCAAUUCAGACAUUCAAAGUAUACUCUUCCAAAAAAGUAGGGGAUAUUGAAAUGCAAAUACCUAUGCAGGUUGUGAUAUGAUAAAUAGUCAUGGACACUUGACAUGCUUUGAGAGUAUGUUCACAGAUGAAGAACUUAUCGCCCCAACAGAACCACUGAGCUGCACCUGCGACAAUGAGGGUUUCAUUGUUAAAUUUGACACUUCAAGGAAGGGAUGAUGAAAACUGCCGCAUGCUGGUCUAUCCUAACCAUGUUUGCUUUCCUAUCGGUUCUUGCAUAAGAUUUACUGUUUAGCAUAUCUUUGCUUCAGUGUGUUUAAUUUGCAAUGAGACGUCUUCAACAUGAUGAUAGACCUCGUUCAGGUCGUCCCAGAGCCAUACCACAAGCCCAGGAUCGAUACAUUCGUACACAGGUCCUGCGAAAUCGAGGACAAACGGCCAAUCAGCUUUCUGUAAACUUGUACCAAGUUACAGGAAUUCGAGUUACACCACAAACGAUUAGAAAUCGGCUACAUGCAGCCCAUUUGCAUGCACGAAGACCGCAUGUUGUGCCUCCAUUAACUUGCCAGCACAUGGCAAACAGGCGUCAAUGGUGUAGGCAGCGUAGAAAUUGGGGUAAUUGUUGAUGGGCGCGUGUAAUGAGUCCAGAUUUACUGUGGAUUUCACUGAUAGGUGUGCUCGCGUUUGGAGGCGUUAACGUCGGACAGCAUGACCGGUUCGGGAGUGGGUCUGUUAUAGUGUGGGGAGGAAUCACCAUGACUGGCAGAAUGGACUUGCAUAUUGUUCAAGUAAGGGUCACUGGUGUGUACUAGCAUGACCACAUCCUGGCACCGAUAGUCCUGCCCUUUGCUCAACGUGCAGGUCGAUGUUUCCUCUUUCAAGAUGAUAAUGCCCUUGCCCACCGUGAUCCUGUCGUGAAUGACUACCUCCAGCGUCACCAUAUUGUCCAUAUUCCUUGGCCAGUCAUGACACCUGACCUUUCCCCUAUAGAGCACUGCAAGAAGAGUGGGUCGGAUUGUCCCAAAUCGUGAUUGGACUGACGGUUGAUUAGGAGCAUGCCACGAUGAAUUGCUGAAUGUCUGAGGAUUGGCGGAGCAAUUACUCAUUAUUAAGACAAAAAUCAAAAAACGUCCAUUUUCACUUUUGACAGUGUAUCUCUUCGCGAGUGAAAUGGGGCUGUCAGAUAAGCCGCCUAUAUGAACUGUUUAUGUUCAUGUGUAGGCAAUUGGCCUGUUAUUAACAUACACUGGUUACCUCUAAUAAAAACAACAGUGCAUUUCUGCAGUUUUGUAUUGUUUCUGAAUAUUCCUUACUUUUUUUGGAGAGUAUAUAUGAAAGUAAUAGGGAUUGCAUGAAUUAUUAUAGUAAAGCUAUUAACAUUGUCAACAUAUAUCAAAAUUUACUAUUUGUUUUGAAGAUCUGCUUAUCAAAAUUAUUAUUUGUUUCAUCCUGGUAAUAUUUUUUAUCAUUGUAUGUAUUUUAUGUAAUUUUACCUUUAUAUAAAUUUUAUGUACAUUUUCUAGUCAAUAGCAUUUUCAACAUACAGUCUAUGUAUUUCUCUACAUCAUAAAGUAAUAGGUAAAGAAAUUACUAACUAGUAAAAAUACUGUUAUUUAUCUGCUUUACUCUUUUAUACAUUUAAAGGAUAAUAUCAACAGACAUUUACAUGUACACAAAUAAAUUCAUAAAAGCUUGA